UCCCUCCCAUUGGUUUCACGUUCCCUUCGCCACGCGGAAAAGCUUUCAAGCUCAUCCAGCCCGGCAGCAGAGUUUAUCCUGGUUCCACCCACUGGGACUUUCCUAGCUUCCUCCUGCACGGCGAGGGGAAAAAAAGGCAGAGGCAGACAGCAGGCAUCCCGGGGAGCUCGGGGAGCCGCGGUGCUCCCUUCCCUGAGCUAGGUUUCUAUUGUAGGCGGUGCAUUCCUCGGGAGGGAGGGUGUGUGUGUGUGUCGGUGCCUUCCCACACUCCGGGCAGCUCUUAUUUAAUGGGGGUCUCCAUGCAGGGCAGAAAGCAGAGGAGGUUUAGCCAUUGCCAGGCUCAGCGGCAGCUCGUAAGCCAAUUGCCGGCAUGGAUCACAGGGCUGAAAUAACCCUGGAGGAGGCUUCGGCGACCGGCCAAGCCUCCAGGAUGCGCAUCAGGGAGGACCUGAGGAGGAUGCGCUGCGCCGUGCUGCUCUGCCUGCUGGCCGUGCUGCUGCUGGCGCUGCCCAUCGCAUACCUGCUGGCUGGGAACCUGCGAGCACCCACCUCCUGCCCCCAGGUCGUGGACGAGAGGAGCUCUCACUUUCUGAAGCAGCGGGCAGUAGCUGCUGUUACAGACACACUUCCCAGUGCCGAGAAGCCAAGAGCACACCUGACAGUGAAGAAACAAGAUCCCUCCAGUGCCACGGGAAGACAUAUGCCCAUCCUGCAGUGGGAAGACAAGCGAGGCUUGGCCUUUACCAAGAACAACCUGAGUUAUUCCAGCAAAGCACUGGUGAUACCUGUGUCGGGGGAUUACUAUGUCUAUGCCCAGGUCACUUUCCGAGGGCCCAGUGACACUUCAAGUAAAACCAAUUCUGUCACUGCAGUCAUCACCAAAGUCACUGACAGCUAUCCCGAGCCCACCCAGCUGCUGACCAGCAGCAAGACCCUCGGUGAAGAAAGGAACAACUGGUUCCAGCCCAUUUAUCUGGGAGCUGUGGUUUCCUUAGAGAUAGGAGACAAGCUAAUGGUCAACGUUAGUGACAUCAAGCUGGUGGAUUACACUAAGGAGCACAAAACCUUCUUCGGUGCCUUUUUAUUGUAGGUCUCUGGCAGCAGCUUUGUGGAAGCCUCCCUUAAGGGCCCUGGUUUGGUGGUUGCAUGUUGGGGAGCUGGUCUCUGUGCUGUCCUCUGUGCUUCACUCACCUGCUGCCUUAAAUUAUGGGGUGGAGAGAGCUGGAGCUGCAGGAUGAAUGGAAGCAGCCCAAAAAACUCCAGAAAAAUGAAAGUCAGACUUAAAAGAUGAUGGGGAUUCUUGAAAGCUCUGUAUAUUGGAGAGGAACCUUUUUUUAUGGGUUGGGUAGGGAUAUUUAUCGUAAAUAGGCUAGGCUGCACCACUAAUUCCUUUUCCAGUACAUCAUUUCUUCAACUGAAAAGAAGUGUUUUAAACUGUCUCCAGCACUUCCAGUAUAAUUUUGCAUCAUCUUUCUUCAGAUUCUUAAAGGCAAUUACAAUUAAUAAUUUCCUUAAACACAGUUCAGUGCUUUGCACUAAUAUAAAGCCCAGAUUAAUCAUUAACUGCUCAAUUAAUCACUUCCAGUUUCCCUGUAAAGUAGAUUAAAAUUAUAUCACGUGUUUUGCAGAAGCUACCUGAUUUUCUUUUAUUUUCCAGGAUACCAUUUACAGAUAUUUAAGUCAAUGUAUAGGCUUUAGCUUUUAUUUAAAACUUCUAGGGAGCGUGCAGAAACAUUUUCAUUUCAGCAUGACCGUGGAAUCUCCCCUCCAGAUCCAAACAUUAGGAAAGCAGAAAAAAAAAAAACAACCAAAAAAAAAGAA